AUGAGGGAAAAGGACCUCAAGAGAGCGCGAGAUGGCUCUCAUGGAGGACGCUAUUCUGAAGCCCCUGCAAAGCGCCGCAGACACCUCAGUGAGGGUCAUCUACAGUUGUCGAAGCUCUACGAGGACUUGGCUGCUGAACAAGACGAAGUACGGUUGGAGGCUGCUAAGCAGAUCGUUACGAAGUUCUCUCCGCAAAGCCACCCGAACGCAAAAGAAGUGGAACAAGCUCUGGAUCGGCUGAUACGAGGCCUAUGUACCCAGCGCAAGUCCGCUCGAUUUGGGUUCUGUGUCGCUUUGACAGAGCUACUGCGCCAAAUAUUUGGGCAGUCUCAAUCCUCAAUUGAAGGUCUAAACCUUGACGUCUAUGCUCUCAUCCUGACAAUCGAGAACAAGACAAAGGUUCAGGGUAACGUUGCUGGAGUGGAACGAAGAGAUCAUCUCAUUGGAAGACUCUUCGGAUAUAAGGCUGUUAUGCAAUCAUCGAUAGUCAUCGAGCCUGAGCUGUCUUUGAAAUGCUGGACCAAGCUUCUGGACCAAAUCUACGAAAUGGCGCGGGACGUUCCAUGGCUUCGGGAGGAAUGCUGCCUAAUCCUCGUUGACGCUAUCAAGACCCUAGGCUCCAAGUCCGCUUCACAAGAGUGUGCGCAGGAGCUCAUACAACGCCUCGUCUCCUCAAAGCUCGUCGAUACCCCUCAGGGUGUUGCAAUCUGGCUCACAGUGCGAGCAGCUUAUCCGGACGUACUUCCGACUGAUGCUUGGCGCCAUAACGAUCCCCUUUCAAAGAAGGAGCGCACGCGGUUGGCGAAAAUCAUGAAAGAAGACUUCCGUAGCGCCUCUGGGGCGGGGAGCGAUGAGGCUAUCAAAUCCGCCGGGGCUAAUCCUAACCCAGUCUUCGCGUGGAACCUUGUAUUAUCUGAGGCCUUGCAGAGGGACAUGAAUAAAAAGGAUGAUCAUACCGACGCCGACAAAUCUGUGUUCUCCCAGUUGUGGCUUGACACCGUCGACAGUCACUUAUUCGCUUUGUCUGCGUCCCACGAACGCAAAUCCUGGGGCUUCAAACUCUUCAAAGCCAUGGUUGAUCGGGUCCCCGAUUGGGCUAUUGCCGCAUUGUUUAGUCCGAAUUUCAUGCGGACCUUGCUAAAUCAAACCGUAAAGGCUGACCGCUUCCUCCAUAAAGCAGCACUGCAAGCGUGGAAAGCGAUUCAGCUCCGGGCCGAGCAUUCGCCUGGUUCCACUUCUGCACUCUUCAUUGCGCUCACUUCGAGAAAUGGGAGUGCCGACUUUGGCACUAAGAAGAGUUUGGAAACCCUAGAGCACAUCGUCUUGUCGUCUGACGAUGGAUCGCUGAGGAAAAUAGUGCGGCAUAUGAAGGCCCUCAUCCUUCGUCCGGAAACGUCGGAACAAGAGACUGCUGACCAGCGUCGACGAAGAUUUGCGGACCUGCUUCUGAGCAUUGUUCGGCAUGAUAAGCGUUACGAGGACCUUGGCUCCAACUUCGUGGAACAGGAUAAUUGGCUUCGGAAUAUCCUAGAACUCUUGGUCGAAUGUGCUUAUUUCGUCCCCAGCCAAAGCGCAAAGACGAGCAAAGUCCCCUUGCCUCCAAUCAGCGACUCCAAUAGGAAGAUGUUUCAGGAGCGGGUGUCAUCGUGUCUAACGCGGCUGCUCAAGCUGAAGGACCUUUCUCGAACAUCUAUUGCUACAAUGGUUCUGGGAAUGAUUCGAUCCAAGGCUACUUCCAAGGCUCUGGAUCCGAUAUUCAAGGCCGACGAGCCCGUCUUAAAGACAGUCAAAAGAGCGUUUCGAACGCUGGAUACCCUGUCUUCCGAGAGCUCCACGGCGCCGGCUACGGAAGGUCUUAUCCUUCUAUACUCUCUAACGCUACUCCAAGUGUAUAACGGCGAUGGGGACGCCUUGUUGAUGCUUGAAGAUUUGGAGUCAUCCCGGGACGCAUUACUUAAGACAACGAAGGACACGGCAACGCAUGGCCAGGAAGCUUUUGUCGAGAUCGUACUGUCUUUUUUGGGGAAUUCUCGCACCCUCUUCCGCGAGAUUGCCGAGGAUGCUUUCGCGGCAUUUGUUGCCAACAUUAGCCCUGAGGGGUUGCGCUCGUUGACCGACAUACUCGAUACGGAAGAAACUCUUGAAGGGCAGAGAGAGCUCUUCGCGCAAGACGAGGAGGACGCACAUAGCGCGAAUUCCAGCAGUGAUACGGAAGAAGCAUCAGACGUCGAAAUGCUUGACGGUGAAGGUAAAGGUGCCGAUGAAAGCGGGCCGGAAUCUGAUGAAGAAUCGUCAAGCGAGGCGGAAAGCGGUGCAAACGACGGCACAGGUAGCGAUGCGGAAGAGGAGGACGAAGAAUUAGUCCACUUCAACAAUAUGCUAUCCAUAGCCUUGCAGACAUCCAACCCUGCUUUGAAUGGCAACGCAUCAGAGAGCUCGGAGGAGUCGGACAUGGACGACGAGCAGAUGAUGGCACUAGACCCUCAUCUUUCGAAGAUCUUUCAGCAGCGACAACAGACACCCCGCAAGAAGACGCGCGAAGACGCAAAACAGAACAUGAUCCAGUUCAAAAACCGAGUCCUUGAUCUCCUCGCUAUUUUCUUCGAAAAGGAGCCCUCGAGUCCGCUGGCUCUGGAAGCACUGCUUCCACUCCUGCGACGGACGCGAAGCAAGGCGAACCAGCAGCUGGCGGAGAGAAGCAUGAAGCUGCUGAGGUCGUAUUUUGAUAUGCACGCAAAACACAAGGCUUCCCUCCCGACGCCAACCGACGUUGACCCAGUCUGGCAAGUGCUGCAAGCGAUUCACGAGGAGGGCAAGCUAGGGGAUGGCGGUAACCUGCAUCUCCAGUCUACGCCCCUACUGCCAGCGGACGCAGAGAUGGCUUGCCCGCACGUCAACGCUCCGGAGCUCCGCGCCCCCGGCCCAACCCAGUCGGUGUACCGUGAAGACUGCACGCAAUGCUUCGAUUCUAUUGACGACCCCACCGGCCUCGAUGUUUGCCUCUUCUGCUUCAACGGCAGCUGCACCGGUGAGCGAAACCACUCCGCCCUCCACUUCUCCUCGACGCAUCAUCCACUCGUCCUGAAUAUCAAGCGCACGCGUAAGAAGGUGAAGCGCGACGAGCCUCCGCAGAAGAUCUCCAAGCUCGCUAUCGCAGCCGAGACAGAAGCCGACCGCUACGACACAACGACACAAGUCAACUGCUAUGCAUGCGGCAUCAAUGAUGUAGCCAAGACCUCGGGGAAGCUUCCUCAGGUGGUGGAUGCGGUUUUGAAGGCAAAUACAUUUGCGCGGCAGGAGGAAGUCAAGGCUUGGGAGCAGGAGCUGACAGCCUGCGAGCACACGCUAUGCCUGGAGCAAGAUGCGGCGCGGCAGAUUGAGUCCCAGAAUUUGGGCCACUGCUCCGCGUGCGAUCUAAAGGAGAACCUGUGGCUGUGCUUGACCUGCGGCAAUUUGGGCUGUGGCCGCGCUCAGUUCGGUGGCAUUGGUGGCAACUCUCACGGUCUCGAGCACACCAAGACCACGGGCCACCCUGUAGCAGUCAAGCUAGGAUCUUUGACCGCCGACGGAACGGCUGACAUCUACUGCUACGCCUGCGACGAGGAGCGGAUCGAUCCGGAGCUACCCAAUCAUCUCAUGCAUUGGGGCAUCAACAUCAAGGACAGGAUCAAGACAGAGAAGAGCCUCACGGAAAUGCAGGUUGAGCAGAACCUGAAGUGGGAGUUUUCGAUGACAACGGAGGAUGGCAAGGAGCUGAAGCCGCUGUUUGGCUCGGGAUUCACCGGCUUGAAGAACCUAGGUAAUAGCUGCUAUCUUAAUAGCACCCUCCAAGCCCUAUUCUCGAUGCCAGAGUUCGUGGAGCGAUACCACCAUCCCGGCCAGGGUCCUACGGAUGCACCUCAACCAGCGGAGGAUCUUGAGACCCAGCUUCGGAAGGUCGCCGAUGGGUUGCUCUCUGGACGCUAUUCGAAGCCAGAUAGCGAUGUUCUUGUCUCAGAACAUACUCCUGAGGUCCCACACCAGAAGGGGCUCGCGCCCGCUAUGCUCAAACAUCUCAUUGGACGAGGUCACCCUGAGUUCUCUACCAUGCGACAGCAGGACGCAUUCGAGCUGCUGCUACACCUGCUGAAGCUCGUUUCACGAUCUACACAUGUCGCACCUCUCAAGGAUCCUGUGGAUGCGUUCAGGUUCGUCAUGGAGCAGCGGCUGCAGUGCAUCAACUGCAAGAAGGUGCGCUAUCGCCAAGAUGAGCAAGAGAAUAUCUCGAUUCCAGUGCCCAUCAGGAGGAUCCCCAAAGAUGCGAAGAUGGAGGUGACGGAUGCCGAGGGUAAAGAGAAGGAAAAGGAGGAGUUCGAGCCAGUCACGCUCAAAGAAUGCCUGGAUAUUUUCACCGCGGAUGAGGCAGUCGAGCUUACCUGCAGCGCUUGCGGAAGCAAGGCUGGUUUCACCAAGAAGAGCAUGUUCAAGACGUUCCCUGCGGUAUUGGCUGUGAAUGCGCGUCGCUUCGAGUUGGUCAACUGGGUCCCUACGAAGCAGGAUGUGCCCGUCAUCGUAGACGACGAGCCAUUUUCGUUCGAUGCAUACCAGUCCAAGGGCGUCCAGGAGGGCGAAGAGCUCCUACCAGAAGAUGGCGACACGGGAAGCACUCCGAAGUGGGUCCCCAACGAAGCCGCAUUAGAGAUGCUGGAAGCAAUGGGCUUCCCUCGCGUCAGGUGCGAGAAGGCCCUGCAUGCGACUGGCAACGCCGAUCCGGAGGCUGCUUCUAACUGGCUCUUCGCGCACAUGGAGGAUCCUGACAUUGACGUCCCGGUAGACUUCAAUGCUGGCAGUGGACAGGGAGGUGCUUCGACUGCGGUUGAUCCGGAGAAGAUCGAGAAUCUGUGCGCCAUGGGCUUCAAUGCUCCACAAGCUCGGCAGGCCCUGAAAGAGACUGGCGGUGAUAUGGAGCGCGCUGUUGAUUGGCUGUUCAGUCAUCCCGAUGCGCAGGGCGACUUCGAAGGAGGCGGAAGCUCGGAGGCACCAGCCGACGCGAAGGAGAAGACACUACCAGGCAGUGAUAAAUUGCCAGCAAACUUCCAACUCCAGUCCAUUGUCUGCCAUAAGGGCAGCUCCAUUCACGCCGGACACUACGUCGCAUUCAUCCGCAAGCAGCUUCCUGACGAGCAAUCUGCAUCGUGGGUGCUCUUCAACGACGAAAAGGUGGCCAAGGCGGGCGAUGUGGAGGAGAUGAAGAAGUUUGCAUAUGUGUAUUUCUUCAGGCGUUUGUAA